ACUAGCGGGUUCCGGCGCAAGUCUGAAAGUCUGCAGAUGUCGCGUAACAAAUUGGUGCCAGCUCUUUUCAGGGCAAGCUCGGAAAAUAUCAAGAGAACAAUUAUUUCCCCUUGGAGAUUCCGGUCGACGGGCGCAUCCACCCAGCGCGGGGAACUGAGAGAAAAGGAGCCGCAGUUAAAUGAGUGCGCCUUGGUGAAAGCGGUCCAGGUCGAGCUCAUAAGCCAAACAAAAAAUGCAAGAAACGUCCAGGAAAAUAACAUCACCGUUGACUUCGACAACACAGCAGAAGCAUACAAAAGCAAAGAUAACAUAGAAUUGCUGAGAAGUCUUCUGGUCUUCAAGCUGUGCACGUUUGACUUCCUUGUUAACAAAAACAAAGAGUUAAUGGAUCUCUGUAAGAAAGUCCUCGGCCAGCGGCUGUUUGAGAGUCUGAUGAAGAUGACUUUCUAUGGGCAGUUUGUGGCAGGGGAGGACCACAACGCCAUCAAACCUCUGAUUCAGAAGAAUCAGGCCUUCGGUGUCGGGGCAGUACUGGACUACAGUGUGGAAGAGGACUUAACACAAGAAGAAGCGGAAAAAAAGGAGAUGGACUCAUGUGUGUCUGAGGCAGAAAAGGAGAGUCCAGAUGAUUAUCAUCGUGAAAAAAAGUACAAGGCCCAUCGUCAGUUUGGAGACAGACGCGGGGGUGUGAUCAGUGCCCGUACCUACUUCUAUGCAGAUGAGGCCAAAUGUGACAACCAAAUGGAGACUUUUAUAAAUUGCAUCAAAGCAUCUGGAGGGAGCUCUGCACAUGGAUUUUCUGCCAUUAAAAUGACUGCGCUGGGUCGUCCACAAUUCCUUCUCCAGUUCUCAGAAGUCCUUGUGAAAUGGAAACGGUUCUUUAAGCUUCUCGCAGCACAACAAGGGAAGUCUGGAAUGACAGCUUUAGAGCAAAAACUGGAAUUUGAAGAACUCAAGGAGAGUUUGACUAAGCUAGGUGUUGGAGCCAAGGAUGACAUCGAUAACUGGUUUACUGGAGAGAAACUGGGCUCGUCAGGCACAAUAGAUUUGCUUGACUGGAAUAGCUUAAUAAAUGAUACUACAAAAAUGUCCAGCCUGCUUAUGGUCCCAAACCUAGAGACUGGUCAGCUGGAGCCUCUGCUGAACAAAUUUACUGCUGAGGAGGAGAGGCAGAUGAAGCGGAUGCUUCAGAGAGUUGAUGUUCUGGCAAAGCAUGCUGUGGAGAAUGGGGUUAGGCUAAUGGUGGAUGCCGAGCAGACUUACUUCCAGCCAGCCAUAAGUAGACUGACCCUCGAAAUGCAAAGAAAAUUCAACAGAGAAAAGCCCAUUAUUUUCAACACCUACCAGUGUUACCUCAAGGAAGCCUAUGAUAACUUAACUGUGGAUGUUGAGCUGUCAAGGCGGGAGGCGUGGUAUUUUGGUGCCAAACUAGUCCGUGGAGCAUACAUGUACCAAGAGAGGGACAGGGCUAAGGAAAUAGGCUAUGAAGACCCCAUUAAUCCUGACUACGAGGCUACUAAUAGGAUGUACCACAAAUGUUUGGAAUAUGUACUGGAGGAGAUUGAGCACAGCAGGAAGACCAAUGUGAUGGUUGCCUCCCACAAUGAAGAUACAGUGAAAUUCACCCUAAAAAAGAUGAACGAGAUGGGCCUUUCACCCACUGAGAAUAAAGUUUACUUUGGACAGCUGCUGGGCAUGUGUGACCAGAUCAGCUUCCCACUAGGUCAAGCAGGAUUUCCUGUCUACAAGUAUGUUCCAUAUGGUCCAGUCAAUGAGGUCAUUCCCUACCUCUCACGCCGUGCUCAAGAAAACAGUGGCUUCAUGAAAGGAUCUCAGAGAGAGCGCAGCCUGCUGUGGAAGGAGCUGAAGCGCAGGCUGCUCAGUGGUCAGGUCUUCUAUAAGCCUGUAUACUGAGUCACACACACAUUUAGUUUGUAGUAUUUCUAUAAGCAUUCCACUGUCUUUAUUGUACUUGGAUGCAGUACUCUUAGGAAGGCCAGGGCUUUUCUUGUGCAUUUGUGUCUUUGUAUAAAUCACAUACAAGAUGGCGACAGAUGUACUCUUAGGCCAUCUUACACGCCAUCUUACAAUGCUGUGAAUGCAACUACUCCCCAAUCGUCUGUGAAUAAUACACAUGGCCAUUAUAACGCUAGAUAAUGGUCACACCAAUUUGCAUAUGAAACUUAUCGUAAUCCGGGUAAGAAAAUCGUGGUAAUCAUGGAAAAUGUGUCGGUGGGGAUGUUGUCAGCUCAGUGGUACAGUGUCAAACCUUAAGUACUGCUCAGUAUGUGUUGGUUUACAGUAAACAUCAACAAUCAAAGCCACCUAGCCAUUGGUUCAGAUUGGUGGAUGACACCUUAGUUAAAAUUAAAUCGAAGGCAGCCUAUUCCGUUGCCUACCAACGCGGGGAUCGCUGGUUCGAAUCUUCGUGUUACCUCCAGCUUGGUCGGGCAUCCCUACAGACACAAUUGUCCAUGUCUACGGGUGGGAAGCCGGAUGUGGGUCUGUGUCCUGGUCACUGCACUAGCGCCUCCUCUGGUUGGUCGGGGCAUGUGGUCAGGAGGGAGGGGGAACAGGGGGGAAUGGCAUGAUCCUCCCACGCACCAUGUCCCCCUGGCGAAAUUCCUCACUGUCAGGUGAAAAGAAGCAGCUGGUGACUCCACAAGUAUCGGAGGAGGCAUAUGAUAGUCUGGUCUGCAGCCCUCCCCAGAUCGACAGAGGGGGUGGAGCAGUGAUCGGGACGGCUAAGAAGAGUGGGGUAAUUGGCCAAGUACAAUUGGGAGAGGGGGGGGCCCUAACCCGAACACCCCCCCCCCCCAAAAAAAACCCUCAGGAUGUACCACAUUUCACCAACCACAUGAACUCUGCGGACAACCACAUCAAGUUCACCAGGGAGGAUGUCAAAAAUGACAGGUUAGCCUUCUUAGACUGUGAAAGUGCAAUUGGUGAUGGGGGACAUGUGAUUGUUGGUGUUUACCAUAAAGCAACACACACUGAUCAGUACUUAAGGUUUGACUCUCAUCAUCCACUGGAGCACAAACUAGGAGUCAUCAGGACACUGUACCACUAAGCUGACAACGUCCCCACUGACACAGUGGCCGGGAAAGGGAAGGAAUCCCAUAUUAAAUGGGCCCUAGUUAAUUGUGGUUAACCUACGUGGGCGUUUGUCAAAGCCAGGAAGAUGUCCAAACAGUGCACCAGCCGAUCGAAGAGAGGAGAAGGACAACAGCUGCCUUAGCGUAAACCAGUGGUGAUUCUGUAUGCAUCGGGAGUGUCAGAACAGUUUUGACUCGUACUUUCCAAACACCGCAUCUCAGUUGCUUUCAAACCCCAAAACAUGCUGCGCCAUAAAUUGGUUCACCCCAAGGAUCAGGUCCCCCGGCACAAGCAGAGCAAUAUAGUGUACACUGUUAAGUGUCACGAGGAUUGGCGUGACAUGUACAUUGGGGAAACUAAACAGACGCUGGCCAAGAGGAUGGCACAAUACAGAAGAGCUACCACGUCAGGCCAGGACUCCACAGUCUACACCCAUCUACAGGCCAGUGGCCACUCUUUCAAGGGUGAGGAUGUGCACAUCCUUGAUAGUAAGGAACGCUGGUUUGAACGAGGAGUUAAAGAGGCCAUUUGUGUUUAGAGGGAACGUCCAUCCCUGCACCGGAACUGAGGGGGGCCCUAUGAGUACAUCUAUCACCAUCUUACAAUGCUGUGAUUGCAAACCAUUCCCAAAUCCUCUAUGAAUAGUACACAUGGCAAUUGAAACUCUAGUUAAUGGUCACGCCCAUAUUUGCAUAUGAAACAUCGUUGGUUUCAGUCGUUAUGCAACUGUAUUGUUUAUAAGGGUGGGGAUACCUGCAGUCAGUUUAGAGGUCAUUUAGAUGAGUGAUGAAACGUAUCUGUCAAUAAACACUGUAUCUAGAUGAACUAAUUCAACUUUCUUUGUUCCCUGUAGGGGGUAUUAACUUAUUGUAUCACGGUCCUUACUUAUGUAUAGAUUUUGCGUUUCUGUAAUUUUUUUUGGAUGUUUCAGUUAUUUUGUGGAAAAGUAGGGUUUACUGUCUAAAGAUGUGGUUUUGUCAUUUAUAUUUGUAUUCCUUUGAUCAAAUUCUUUAACAGCUUUGAAUUGACAGGAUUAACUUUGUCAGCUCAAUGGCUUCCACUGUCUCAUCUCUAUGAAAGACUGUACAGAUUGAAAUAAAUUACACACAUCAUGAGUGGGGUUUUUUUUUUGUCUUGUGUUGUUUUGUUUUUUUUUGUUUUUUUUACUGGCAGUGAUUUGUAACAGUGUAGGUGCAACAUGAUUAUCAAAUCAGUCUCAUUAAAUCAACCUGAUAAAGUUAUUAACCAGUGAUUUUGGUGUUUACAAUUUUAUAAUUAAACUG